UAAUACUUCUGGAGAGAAAGACUGUGGAAUCUGCAGAGAGUGUGAGGCUGGUGAAUGGCGGCAGCCGAUGUGCCGGGACAGUGGAGGUUUACCACGAUGGACAGUGGGGCACAGUGUAUGGCUAUGGCUCUGGUGACUCUGGUUGGGAUAUGCUGGACGCGGCUGUGGUGUGUAAGGAGUUGGGCUGUGGAGCCGCGCUGUCAGCCUCAGGAGACGCUCACUUUGGGAUGGGCUCUGGUCACAUUAUAACGUAUAAUGUUCGG